GAGGUUAUGCUCGUUCCAGGUGUCUUAUCAAAAUCAUCUGUUGCAACUUCUGUUCACGUUGCGUUUUAGUAUAAAAUAAUUAUCAUAGAUUUUUUUUUUGUACAUCAACAAAGCUGAUUUCGCGUAGAUCUUGAUUCUUUUGAUAACUUCCAUCACAUGAGUCCUAGAUUCCAUUCGGUAAUGUAAAUAAAAUUACAAUGUAGAACAUAACCACACACAUCAUGCUUACAUCCCUACAUACACACAGUUUUUACAUAUAACUCACAAUAACACAGUAUUUUAAUAUGAAAUUAAUUAUUGUUCUACCCAGAUGACAGUAAUUGGGGUCUGGUCAACAACACUUCUUUGUAUCAACAACAAUGUGAGAGUGAGUCAGGUUCGUUGUAAACAUAACCUUUUAGACUUGGUUCGCACAAUGCCGAAACUACAAACUCAUGCGGCCGCUCUCAAAAAGCAGCGACAGAAAAUUAAGGAAAAAUCAGCUAAAUAUAUACCGGGGACUGUGAAUCUUCAAGUCUUGGGGAGUGGGGCAUAUGGAGCACCAAGAUCGCUUUAUAUGUUUACUGAUCAAUCUAGAUAUCUGUUCAACUGCGGUGAAGGAUCGCAAAGAUUGGCACAUGAGCAUAAAAUGAAAUUGGCGAAAUUGGAGCAUAUUUUCUUCACCUACAACUCAUGGAGUAAUAUCGGUGGACUUCCGGGAAUGUCUCUUACUAUACAGGACGUUGGUAUACCAGAAAUCACGUUGCAUGGACCGCAUGGAAUUGACGACAUAUUCAAAGCAGCCAAACGGUUCAUAGUGCUGAAUCACUUGAAGAUCAACACGUCCAACUAUAAAGAGGUGGACCACUUCGAAGAUAACGUGAUGAAAGUAACUUACGUGCCGUUAGAUAUCGGUGAAACCACAACAAAUCGACGAUCUGAAGCCGUCUCUUUGGAUAGAGCCAGCGCGAAACAAAGACAAGAGGUGGGAUCUUCAUCGGGCACAGAGGGGGAGACUACUGAUGAUGACAUAGAUUACUAUGCCUACGAGAGAGAACCCCAGCCUGAACAAAAUGGAGGAGUUGGAGGGGCGGAGAAGAAAAAAAGAAAAAGAAGAAGCGAAGUUCGUCUGUAUACAGAGCCCAAAAGACGUCGGUUGGAUCCUGCAGUGGGAACAGUUUCGAUGGCAUACAUAUGCCGUCUGCACGACCGGCCCGGGGCGCUCAUUUUGGAAAAAUGCGUCGAAAAAGGGGUUCCCCCGGGGCCCCUUUUGGGGCGCCUCAAGGCGGGUGAGGACAUCACUCUCGAAAAUGGAACUGUGGUACGGUCCGAUGAAGUUACCUCACCUAAUGAGUCGGGGGCGGUUUUUAUUGUUGUGGAAUGCCCAGAUGAGAGGUUUUUGGAGCCGCUUGAGAACGAGAGACUAUUCACCGCUCAUCAGACUGCAGCAUCGUGUCCGGAGGAUGUGGCAUUCCUAGUUGUUCACUUUUCACCGCCUGAAAUCGUCAAACAUCCCAAGUAUCAACGCUGGAUGCACAGGUUUGCCUCCACCACCAACCACCUUAUAAUCAACGAGUCUAACCUGUGCAAAGGCAGUAUAGCCGUACACCGCAUCCAAACCAAACUGAAUCUUCUCGACAAACAAGUGUUCCCCAUUCUGCCGCUAGAAGGCGUUGUUGUCGCUCCUAAUCAUGACGUCACAACUGACAACUGUGAUGUCAUUGCAACUAGAAGUAAUGACGUCACAACUGAUAACAGUGACGUCGUCAGUACACCUUCCAACGGAUCGCUGCAGGUUGGAUCGGAAACUUCGUCGGAGUAUAUGUCAGCUGUGACGUCAGUGGAUUCUUCCUCAGUGACGUCAUCGGAUACAACUGUGACGUCAUCUGGUGCUAGUGAUGAGUCUCUUGAAGGCGCAGUUGUCCAUAGCAAGACUUUCACAACUGUCCACUUGCGACCCACUAAGCAGGUGGACACAGGAGACAAGCUACUGUUCGACAAGGCCGAAUAUCUGAAGGAGGCAUUGACUGAGCCGGGCAUCGACAAAGUCCUACUUGAGUUGGACGAGAAGCGGGGUCAACUGGACGCCAGUACAUGCCACCAGGAGUAUCCCCAGUGUGGUGUUCUUUGGGCACUGGGUCCUGUAUACCUAACAAGGCUAGGAAUACAAGCGGGAUAUUGGUUAAUAUCAGGCGCAGUUGUCCAUAGCAAGACCUUCACAACUGUCCACUUGCGACCCACUAAGCAGGUGGACACUGGAGACAAGCUACUGUUCGACAAGGCCGAAUAUCUGAAGGAGGCAUUGACUGAGCCGGGCAUCGACAAAGUGCUACUUGAGUUGGACGAGAAGCGGGGUCAACUGGACACCAGUACUUGCCACCAGGAGUAUCCCAGUGUGGUGUUCUUGGGCACCGGGUCCUGUAUACCUAACAAGGCUAGGAAUACAAGCGGGAUAUUGGUUAAUAUCAGUGCCGAUUGCUGUAUGCUGCUAGACUGUGGAGAAGGUACGUUGGGUCAGCUGGUACGUUUCCAUGGUACGUCACGCGUGCAACACGUGUUAGGCUCGCUACGUGCGGUGUACGUAUCUCAUUUGCACGCCGACCACCAUAUUGGAUUGAUCGGUCUGCUCAAAGCGUGGCGCAAUGCGCAGAAGUCUGCUGCGCAGGAGGAUUCUACAACGCAUGCGCAGAAGCUGUUUUUGGUUGCACCUCGACAGAUAAUGUCAUGGCUGGAUCAUUAUGAUGCUCAUUUUGAACGUGUGAUGGAUGGAGUUGAGUUGGUACCUAAUUCGGAUUUGAUAAUUUACAGGUGUGAAAUAGCAGGAGUUGUAACAUUUUUGUUUUUAUUUUGGCAACAGGAUUCUACAACGCAUGCGCAGAAGCUGUUUUUGGUUGCACCUCGACAGAUAAGGUCAUGGCUGGAUCAUUAUGAUGCUCAUUUCGAACGUGUCAUGGAUGGAGUUGAGUUGGUACCUAAUUCGGAUUUGUUGUACAACGACUUCACACUGUCUCCCUCUGUGAAAAGUCGACUGUUGGAAUGUUUGGAAAUGGAAUCAGUGAAGACUGCUAUGGUUAAACAUUGUCCCAAUGCAUUUGGAAUCGCCAUUAAACACAAGUCGGGCUGGAAGAUCACAUAUUCGGGAGAUACGAUGUUCUCCACUAAUCUCGUUGAGCUAGGUAAAAACUCGACAGUUCUGAUUCACGAGGCGACAAUGGGAGACGACCUGGUGGAGGAAGCGAGACGGAAGAUGCAUUCGACGACCAGCGAAGCGAUAGCAGCCGGCCAACAGAUGGGGGCUCAACACACCAUUCUGACUCACUUCAGUCAGCGCUACGCCACACUGCCACGCUUGGACGACAAGUUCAACGACAGCUGUGUGUGUGUUGCAUUCGAUAACAUGAAGGUGCGACUGACUGAUCUAGCAAAACUUCCACUCUUCUAUCCGGCACUGAAGCUGAUUUUCGCUGAACACAUGGAAGAGAUGAAUCUUAGAGUUUUCCGACGCGAAAUGAAGCAACUCAGAGCCAAAGAUCGUUUGGAAAGUAACAGACUGAGCUCUUAGAUACCGGUGCCCGGUUGCACAAAAGCCGGUUAAAUUUUAACCGUGAUUAAUUCCACGAGAACCAAUCAGAGAAGGCGUUAUUGAAAAGACAGUUUCUUUGAUUGGUUUUCGUGGAAUUAAUCACGGUUUAAAUUCAACCGGCUUCUGUUCAACCGACAUCUAGUUUUGUAGAUUAUGGGCCCGGUUGCACAAAAGCCGGUUAAAUUUUAAUUGUGGUUAACUCCACGAGAACCAAUCAGAAAAGGCUUUUUCGAGAUGAAGGCUUAUCCACAAAAGCCGGUUAAAUUUUAAUCGUGAUUGAUUCCACGAGAACAAAUCAGAAAAAGUUUUUUUGGAGAAGGAAGCUUCUCUUAUUGGUUCUAGUGAAAUUAAUCACUAUUAGAACUUAAACGGCUUUUGUGCAACUGACACAUAGUGACAUGAAAUGAACACUGAACACAAUUGGAGAUGUACAAUAAACAAGAAUCAUAAGUUAUUUAUCAUUAAUGAUAAUUUAUUGUAUAAUAAACAUGAAUGAUAUUAUUAUUAUCAUUAAUGAUGUUAUGAUUAAUCAUAACAGACAUGUUUACAUUGGAAAUGAUCAUUGUAUACAAAACCAGACAUGAAUAAAUCUGUUGCUAUGUUGGUAA